AAGGGUAUAGGGGGAGUGUUGUGAAAGGAGAAUGAGUAUCUUUAGGAGAGGUCAGCGCAACAUAACACAAUAGCAGCACAGCAUGCUUUACUUCCUGUGCUAAACAACCUAACGUUAUUUUAUGAGACUUCAGGUUGCGUGCAUUGUGCUCUAAUUCCGUUCCUGUUUUGUGUUCUUGGGUUGGUUGGUUCGCCAAGGGGAAUCUCUCUGGUUUUUAUCACCUCUGUCUCUUUUUUUUUUUGCCUCCUCUCAAAUAACCUUCCUCUCUCCUUAAAAAGAGGAAAGACACACACCUAAGACAUAGAGAGAGAAACAUAGAUAGAGAGCAGGAGAACCCACUAAGCGUGCAAAUAAAAGACUUAAAGCAAAGCUAGAUUGCAAUCCCAUGCUAUUAUAGCUCCCUCCACCUUUGCUUUUCAAGUGUUGUUUUUUUUUCUCCCUUCCUUUCUCUUGGUGGGGUUUCCAUUGAGCUGUGAUAAUACUUGUGUUCCUCCUACUGCUACCUUAACCUAUCCACCGUUUUGCAGUGGCCAAUACCUUUUAAGGUUACAUUGUAGGUCCUUCUGUCUUUCGGCUCAGAGUUUCUCCCACACCAAAGGUCUUAGGCAAGUUUGCCUACCAAGAAGCUCUUUUUCAUUUUUUCCCAACUACAACAUGUGGUAUUUAGCUGAUUUAAGCUGUGGUUAGACUUUCCAGAAUACAUAUAUUUGGUGAGUAGUAUUUGAGCAAGGUGGAAUCUUCCUUUUGAGUGUGGCGUAAACUAGCGAUGGAUGAAAGGUCAAGAAACGAGGUAUCUCCUCAGCUGUUAGAUUUGAUCCCAAACGAGCGAGAGUGGCAGAUGAACAGAAACGAAGGAAAGUCCUCAGAGGAGAGAAAGCUCGAACUGAGGCUAGGUCCACCUGGUGAGGACUGGACUCUCAGUGGUAAAAUGAAGAACGCCAACUCAGAAAGAGAGGAGUCACUUCUCUCUCUUGGGUGCUUCCCUUCUUCCAACAUGUCUCAUGCAAUACUCAGCCCCAACAAUGGGUUCCAAAGCAAGGCCUCUCCAUGGCCAAACUACCACAACAAGAGUAACAACAAAGCCUCUGCACCUUUUCUUCAGUUCCCAUCAGCUGCACCCGUGAUGGGAAAAGAUGCUUCACAAAAGUGCUGUUCUAAGGUGGUAGAGUUGCAGAAUGGUUGUGGUGGUGGUGAUAGCAAAGUGUUCUCUCCCUCUCCUGCAAAUACAGCUGUGUCACAGCCCAACACCUCUCAGAAAAGAACUGCUCCCGCUCCGGUGGUGGGGUGGCCCCCAAUUCGUUCCUUCAGGAAGAACCUUGCUAGCAGCAGCGCUUCUAAGCCAUCAACUGAAUCACAGCCUGAGCAGCACAACAAGGUCGCUGGUAAAAAACCUGUUGAUAACUAUGCCGGUAAAGGUUUGUUUGUUAAGAUCAACAUGGAUGGAGUUCCAAUAGGGAGAAAAGUGGACCUCAAUGCUUAUGACAGCUAUGAAAAUCUCUCUUCUGCUGUGGACGAGCUUUUCAGAGGUCUUCUUGCUGCUCAAAGAGAUUCCUCUGCUGGUGGAGUUCACAACAAGCAGGAUGAAGAGAAAGCAAUCACGGGUUUAUUGGAUGGAAGUGGAGAGUAUACUCUUGUUUAUGAGGAUAAUGAAGGAGACAGGAUGCUUGUUGGGGAUGUGCCAUGGCACAUGUUUGUAUCAACAGUGAAGAGGCUGAGAGUGUUAAAGAGUUCAGAGCUUUCUGCUUUUACCCUUGGCAGUAAGCAAGAGAAGAUAUCUCUUGACUCAGCAAUGAAAUAAAGAGCAGUUUGAGUUUUGAAGUUUGAGGUUUUGUUCUGUUCCCCUGCUGAAACUGGAAGACUCCUCUAAUUUGACGUUUUGGUUCUUUUGUCUGGUGAAGAUCAUGGAAUGAAGCUAGAAGCCGUUGUACGUACAUUACAACUAAGUAAUGUGGUUCAUAUAUCUUUUUUUAAUUUUGAAUGAAGAUUUGAAAUGCUUAUGGGUUGUAUAAAUAGGGAAGGAAAACUUCAAAAUGUGUGUACCAAUGUUGAAUGAUGUACUGUUGAGCAACCAUUAACUUGUUUUAUGGUUUGUAUUUUGAAGUCCCUUUUGUAAGGGGUUUCUCA